AAGUGAAAGCGAUAUCAUACAGUACGUUCAUGUUGCCCAGGACGGCCAUUGUUCACUGAACUAUUGGAUUUCUUGUCAAUCACAUAGCCUCGUACUUAAACGUCUUGAAGGAAAGCUGUCGAUUCAUAUUCUGAAAUGUUCUGAAGGCAAACGUUACAGGAGCAUUAUAUUUUUGUGAUAAUGUUGAAUAAGUAAUUAUACGGACGUAUUGAUAAAAAAUGGAUUUUGUAAUUCAUUAAGCGAUUUAGAGCAAUUGUUAAUUUUUGCCAAGAUCUAGUACCGAAGUUUAAUAAUUGAAAAAAAAACACGAAUAUAAUCAGAAAAAUAAAAGUUGAAAUUACUAAUUGCUGUAUAAACUCAUAUCAUUUUGUCUUUCAUAAUAUGUUUGAUCUAUUUGUUAUAAAAUAGGCGAAAUACUAAACAUGUCUGUGAAUUCAACAUUUUCCAGUAUAAACACGACCGGUGGUGGUCUAGGAGAUGCUCCUGUAUUUGACGAACUUAAUUUAAUCAGUGUUCUUGUGAAAGGUACAAUGUUCAUAGUGUCAUUAUUUGGGAAUUUGUCGACCAUUGUUCAAAUGUAUAGAAUGAGGAGAAGAAAAUCAACUAUAAAUACAUUAAUAAUUAAUCUAGCAACAGCAGAUUUACUUGUUACAUUUUUCUGCAUGGGUUCAGACGCCAUAUGGCAAUCAACAGUCCAGUGGUAUGCCGGAGAUUUUAUGUGUAAAGCCGUAAAGUUUGCUCAAGUAUUUGCCUUUAACCUUUCAACGUAUGUAACGGUUGUGAUAAGUUUAGAUAGAUGUUUCGCGAUAAUGGACCCUAUUAGCAGAAAUAAAGCUCCAAGAAGGGUUAAAUUUAUGAUAAUAGUGACCUGGUGCUUAUGUGCUCUUUUCAGUAUUCCACAGAUUCUUAUUUUCAAAGUAGUCAAGGGGCCAUUUAGAACGAAUUUUGUCCAGUGUGUUGAUAUAGGAUAUCUGGAGGUAGAAUGGAGUAAACGUGUAUAUAGCAUCGUCUCUUUGCUGUUUAGUUUCGUCAUUCCACUACUAAUCAUGGGCAUAGCAUAUGGCCUUAUUUCAGGAACAAUAACCAGAAAAUCUAAGGAUUUUAGAGAACCUGAAGAAAGUUCCAUUACAUCUGAACAUUGUCAGUUCCGUGGCCAAGUACGAAGCCAUUUAUUUCGUAAAGCUAAACGAAAAGCGCUGAGGAUGUCUAUAGUUAUUGUUGCAGCUUUUAUAAUAUGUUGGUCACCUUACUACGUUGUCUUCAUGUACACAACAUUCCUCGAACUACCAGAGUUUUCAAGAAAGACAAUGUUGGCUUUGUCGUUUAUUGGAUUGUCCAACAGUUUACUCAACCCAAUGAUAUACGGGGCAUUUCAUCUCUGCAAGGUGCAUAGUCCAAGGUGCUGGAGAAGAAAAGAAUGGCCAAGCUACUCACUCCGCACGAGGCGCACUGUGCGUCACGCAAUCAACGAGGACCAUAUUGUUGUUGUAAAACAUAAAAAUGUUGUUGUUUUGUGCCCAGAAACAGACGAUAUCUCUGGUAAAGAUAAGAUAAAACAACAGUGUUUAAUAGUGUUGUAUAAAGUGAAUUCAAAUUCAAAAGAUAACGAAAAUGUUAAAAUCAUAGAGUCUACAUCUAGUGAAUAACGUGAGGUUUUUUGUUUGGCUUCGAAAAACACAUAUUGUGUCACACUACCCUUGUUAUAAAACAUAUAAAUGUUGUUUUCAAAGCUCUAAGUAUGUUUGUGUUAAAUCAAUGAAUAAAUUAAAUUUACGGAAACAAUAUUUGUUUUUACUAAUACUCA